UCCAGGGCUUUUGAGCUCCCAGGCUAAAGCUUUCCACUCCCGGCACUGUCCCAUGCGCUGGGGAAUGGGAAGCUAUAGCCAUGGGCUUGCAUGGCGAGGGGACUGGUUUGAAAGGGGUGGCUCAUUCAUUCUGGGGCUCCACUUAUAAGAGGAGAGAUUCAUUUGUAGCGUAUUUGCUCGUUUUGGUUUCGCUCGUUUCGUCGUGGAGAGGAAAGGAAUUCAAUGCGCGCAACGAUGCGGGAGGAGGACCGGGGCGGAUAAACGAUCUCUUCACUCGCUCUUCAUUGAUGGUUUGAUCUUCCAUCGCCGGCAUCGCCAUCGGCAGCAAUCGCGCGAGAGGGAAAUCCCCCAAAUAUUUUGGAGCUGGUUUGUUCCCUCUUCCAAUCUUUCUCGCCUCUGGCCGCUGGAUUUCGCGGAUUCGAGGAGUUACUCCGUCUUGGAUCGCUGCUAGGGCCGGGUUUUUCUUGAUCUUGGGACAAAACAGCCCGCAAUGCUUCGGCCGCUCCGCGCAGCUGGGGAAAUCCGCCCCAAAUCCGAGCAGCGAUCGAUCAAUGCAUGCGCGCGGUAGGGUCCGGGGCCGAAUUUCACAGCAGCGGGGUCGAUCCUAGACAGGAAAUCACAGCUUCGCAGUGAUCGGCCAUGGGCUGCUCGUCGUCCAAGAGCUUGGAAAUGCAGGCGCGGAGGGAUGGAUGGAAUCCACCGAUUUCCCGGAGCUUUGUGCGCAGCCUGUCGAUGCCCCUUCGUCAGCAGCAAAAGUCUCUUCCCCAGCCCCUCCGGUUCCACUCGGUCGCGCUCACGUCGAGCACAUAUGGCGCUCUCAAGAUCCCCGAUGUUGACGAGGAUGGAAUUGGAUACGCCAGCAUCGAGAAUGGGGAGAAGGAAGAAGAAGCAGCCAUGGCAGCUCCCUUGGCAGCGGGCGCCAAGGAUUUAGAGGGGAGGAUCGAGGCUUCUCCGCCGGCUCCACUCCACCUCUCUAAACCGGCGGCGCUGCCCAGCGUCCCUGAGGCCGAGGUGAUCGAUCUCUGGGAGUUGAUGAAGGACCUCACGGACGAGACCGAGAAUGUCGAGGAGGACAGCUCCGCUGGCUCCCGGCACAAGAGCAUGGUAAGCAAGCGCAGGGCGAUGAGGAGCAGGGCGCUCAGCCGGUCAAUCUCUUCGGUGGACUCGAUGCGCGAGCUGGACGUGAAGAUCAGGAGCGUGGCACUGGCGCUGCCGAAUUUCGAGAAGAAGCUGCGGGCUUUGGACGCGCUCAACUCGAUCAGCCGCGGGGUGGCCGACGAGGAGGAACAGGUCUUUUUCCGCUACAGGAAGAGCCGCGAGGAUUUCCAGAGCAAUUCGGUCAAGUCGAGCCCGGCCAGGGGGAUCAUCCACAGCCCGAAAUCUAUGAAGGGCUUGUUCUACGGGGCUACAUUGGAGGAGCUGAGAGCACAGAGCACUUCAAUCGCCACAGUGGCAUCAACCAGUUCGUCUUCCUCGUCUUCUUCGAGCUCAUACGACGCCUCGUCCUCGUGUGGCGACUGGGAGGAAUCGUCGUCCCUGUUCGACCCGGAGGUGCUCAAGACGUUCCAGCAGCCGGAGGAGGGGCAAGGCGAGCAGCAGCAGCAGCAGCAGCAGCAGCAGCGCUCGAUCCAAAAGGUGGCGCCGCCGGUGGUCUCAAAGAAGAUGAUGUCGAGCAAAGUCUUGGCGAUCGACCAGGUGGAGGAGAAGACGCUGCUCGACGGCCUGGCUGCCGUGUGCCCGCCUCGCGGGGAGAGGAGAGCCGUGUUGUACGUGACGAGCCUGCGGGGCAUCAGGAAAACGUUCGAGGACUGCGGCAAGGUGCGCAUGAUCCUCCAGGGGUUCGGGGUGGCCAUCGACGAGCGGGACGUGUCCAUGCACGCGGAGUUUCGGCAGGAGCUCAAGGAGCUGCUCGUGGAGGUGGCGGAGCGCAAGAACGCCGCCGCCAAGGGCUCCCCGGCGCCGCCAAUGCCGGUUCCCAGGCUGUUUAUCGGGGGCCGAUACGUUGGAGGCGUGGAGGAGGUGAGCCAGAUGAACGAGGACGGGCUGAUUGGGCGGCUGGUGGAGGGGCUCCCGCGGCAGAGCUCGGUGGCGACGUGCGAGGGGUGCGGCGGCGUGAGGUUCGUGCCGUGCCUCGAGUGUAGCGGCAGCUGCAAGGUGGUGGUGUUUGGCGGCGGCGUCGGCGACUUCUCGGGCUCGGGCGUGGUGGUCCGCUGCUCGUACUGCAACGAGAACGGGCUCAUCCGCUGCCCGGUGUGCUUGUAGUAAGCCCCCGGAGAGCGAGUGACGCGGUCACUUACGCGCUACACCACCACGCGGACAACGCACGACCGCUUCCAGGGUGAUAUAAUAUGGAUCCAGGAAGAGAUACACAGCUUGGUUGAUCAUCGGCGAUCACGCUAAAACUCUCCUGGAGUCCACGAGAGGCUGGAUGGAUGAUCUUGAGCUUGGGGGGCGACGCGCAUUUACUCGGUCGUUGGAGAAGGCCAGAGGAAAAGCUUGUGAUGUUCGCGAGGCUUCACCAACUUGGAUUUGGAGGCCGCCAGCCAACAAGUCACAGGGGUUCUUACACGGAAGUUUGGUUUGGAUGGGUCAGAGAAGAACAGAAGAAAGAGAAGCUGGAGAGAAGUCAAUGGGCUCUUUGGACGCACACACGGAGAAAAGCUUGCAAGGGGAGAAAUCGGCAAAAAACCAAGUCCAUCCAGUUGGUGUGUGGGAGAGAGAUAUUGGAGGACUUCUAGGGUGUGGAGAGAAUGGAAGAUUUGGAAGCGUCAAUGGGGACCCCUGUUUGGACACUGAUCAAAGAAUGCAAGGUUUCAAAUAAUUGUUGAUUUUAACCUGUGA